AUGGAACGCCUGGCGUACGACGAAUUCGAGCGGUUGCGCGCGGAUUUUCUUGCCCGUGAGCAAGGACGUGGUCUCGGAGCUGAUCUCGUGCUAGAUGCAGAUGAACAGCGGCUUAACCGGUACGUAAUGCAGCUGAAGCAGCACGAGCUGGCGAAGGGCGUUGACAACCCACGCGAACUCGUUUCGGCGCGCCAUUUCUUCGAGAUGCUCGAUCGCAUCAACGCGUCCCCGCUGUUCAAGCUUAUUCAGAAGCUUCCCAAGGGUGGUAUUCUACACGCGCACGAUACGGCGAUCGGCAGCACGGAACUGAUCGUGCGUGCGACUUACCACGAGUUUCUCUGGCAACGUGGUGAUUUCCCGCGCGACAAUGGUGAACAACUACCGGCGUUUAAAUUCACACGGUCACAGCCCACGACUGAGACUGGAUGGCGUUUGGUGGCAGAUAUUCGCCGUUCAAUCGGUAACGAGACGUACGAUAAUGAGAUCCGCAAGAUGUUCACGUUGUACACCAAAGAUCCUGUGAAUGCGCACCGUGAUAUCAACGACGUGUGGCAAAAGUUUAUGGCGAUGUUCAUCUCCUUCGAACCGAUGGUGACGUACCGACCCGUUUGGGAAGAGUACUUUUACGGAUGUUUGCAGGAGCUUUUGGCUGACAAUGUGACCUACCUCGAGUUCCGUGGACUUCUUCCACCAGUGUACGAUCUGGAUGGCCGCACGUAUUCCCCAGAAGAGAUCGUGCAGAUGUACGUCGAGCAGGCAGAGAAAUUCGUCCAAGCAAACCCAAAGUUUAUGGGCGUCAAGUUUAUCUACGCACCGUUGAGGUUCUGCGAUGACAGCACCUUCGAUGGAUACUUGACCCUGGUGCAGAAGCUGUACGAUCGCUUUCCGCGCUUUAUCGCCGGAUUCGAUCUGGUCGGACAAGAGGACCUCGGACGGCCACACACGGACUUCAACGAACGGCUGCUUCGUCUGUCACCGACCAUCAACUUCUUCUUCCACGCCGGAGAGACUAACUGGUCAGGACGGGCGGACGAAAACUUGAUUGAUGCCAUUCUGCUGGGAACGAAACGCAUCGGACAUGGGUUCGCCGCUCUCAAACACCCAGUCGUGCUGGAGGAGAUCAAAAAACGUCAAAUCUGCAUCGAGCUAAAUCCUAUCUCGAACCAAGUGCUGAAGCUGGUAGAGGACUUCCGCAAUCAUCCGGGAGCGGUCUACUUCAGCGACAACUACCCCGUUGUAGUGUCUUCGGACGAUCCAUCCUUCUGGAAUGCGUCUCCAUUGAGCCACGAUUUUUAUGUCGCUUUUAUGGGACUCGCCUCGGCCCGUGCUGACUUGCGGCUGCUGAAGAAGUUGGCCCUCAAUUCGAUCGAAUACAGUUCGAUGGACAGUGACGAAAAGGCCACAGCCAUCCAAAAGUGGUCCACCGCUUGGAAGGAGUUCGUGCAGGAUGCGUUACGCAGUGUCCCUGCCGAGGACUGAUUUACUACCACUUGUCGUUCAAAAUCCAUGAAUAUCAGUAUUCCAGAAUCGUUUCAAACCA